ACACAGACCAACCUUUGCCCAUGUGUUCAUCAAGCUUGAGAGCCAGCAAUUCAGAUACCAAAAACAACAUGAUGAACGCCAUCCUCUCUAUCCUGUUCUUUUUAACAUCUAAGGUGUCAAGUCUGAGUGAAGCUGUGGAGCCAGCGAGGGUUUAUGGAUCUUCAGCUGUUAAAAAGGGGGACAAUCUCGUAGUGAAGUGCAGCACGUUUGGAUCGAACCCAGCUGGCGGUCGUGUGUUUGUGUACCUUUGCAAGAACGGAGUUGGUGUUGAAGUGAUGGAGAGCAAAUUGGUGGACACCAGUUUCACGGUGGAAAAGGUCACAAAGGAGCAUUCGGGAAACUACAGUUGUGUGUUCUCCAGAACAAAACACCAUCUCAGCCAUGUGAAAGGAGAAGGACACAAUACUAUUUCUGUCAAGGUGAUUGAUAGUCUUUACCCUGCGAACAUAGCUGUUGAUGAGUCCAGAGUGAGAAAAGGGUCAGACGUGCGCUUUAGAUGCUCCUCCACUGAUGCUCCAGACGCCAGCGUCCUUCAUGCUUACUUCUGCAGGAGUCAGACCAUCGUUGACAUUGAGAUGUUUGACUCUCAGAAGAAACAGGCUAGUUUCCAUCUCAGGAAUGUCCAGGAAGACGACGCAGGCAGCUACUGCUGUGUGGUGUCUGACAGGCUGCUUGCUGAAAAGGAGUUGGAAGCCUGUGGAAACACGAGUGUUUCUCUCACAGUGUAUGAAGAUCCUCCCUCUGCUUUUAGUGAAGUGAUGCUACCAGGAGUGUAUGUAUCACUGUCCCUGGCAUGUCUGCUGUUGCUAUUCCUGCUGGCCUGGAACCUGGGGAAAUGGAAAUGGCCAUGUAGGAGACACCCUCAGGUAUCAGGUAACCAGGAUGGAGUAGUCACAAUGUAUACAGCUGUCUUCGAGGGAAAUCAAGACACAGAUGAAGCUGAAAACAUGACCCACAAUGAGUUCUCUGACUUCUCUGAUGACGAGAGCAGUGACAGAGGAGAUACAGAGGAUGUCACAUACCAGGAAACUGAGGAUAACACGGGGCAGGAACAUGCUGACGCGUGGCCAGGUCCUGAUGGAGCAAGAGUGUCACCAGCCCCAGAGGUUAUCUAUGCAACACCACUGAGGAGCAAGAAACCUUGUCAUGUGGAUUAAAAUUCAUUCAUUUAGUCUGCAAAAGCAUUUUUUUUUUUUAAUAGAUGAUGAAGGUCUACAAAAUAAGGAGCAGUAUAAUGGAAUGGCUCUGUGUAUGAGAUGUGUUAUAUAAAUAACAGACUCUUGCCUUUUUUGCCUUUUUGGGUUCUGUAUGAUGCAGAAGCAGCCAGUCUGUACAACACUGCCACCCAGUGGCGGUAGUGGGAAGUGCAAGCUUUUUUCAUGACAUGAAAUAAACAACUAGGGUACCUAAAG